AUGCUGAUCCGUGAAUAUCACGAAGAUGUCCCCACUAGUGGCGGGGGCUCUAUGCUAACCGGUCCCGUCACCCGCUUCGCUCGCCAAAUCGCCGGCCAUGGCUACAUCGUCGCUGCGCCCUCUACAUAUCACGAAUUCACGUCCCCCGCGCCCCUCGCGUAUGAUGGCCCAGGCACCGACGCUGGUAAUGCGUGGAAAGCAGAGAAAGCCCUUUCCGCUUAUGACGAAGAUGCUACGCUCACCGUUGAUCUGCUGCUCAGCCUGCCUACUUGUACGGGCGCCAUUGGCGCUACGGGGAUGUGUUUGGGUGGGCAUCUUGCAUUUAGGUGCGCUUUUGAUAGGAGGGUUAGGGCGGGAGUGUGUUAUUUUGCUACUGAUAUUCAUACCUCGACAUUGGGGAAGAGGACUGGGGAGGGCGGGGAGGGAAAGGGUGAUGAUAGUUUGGAGCGUGCGGGGAAAGGGGAGGUGAUGGGGGAGUUGGUUAUGAUUUUUGGGAAGGAGGACGGGCAUACCACUAACACCGCUGCAUACGUGGCUGUUGCAACUAGGGUCUCCGAGUUACUCGCUCUGAUGCCCACUGACAUCAUUGAAGCAAAGAGUGUGACUGCGAUAGAGACGGUUACGAGGCUCUUUGUUUUCUGUACGGAUGGAAGACUCAUUAUCAGCAUAGGUACGACCAGUGCAGCCCCUCCAGUGAUUGCGAUGAUAAAGGGAGCCAUCUUAUCCACUGAUGGCGAGACUGCUUACGGAGGGGCGCCUUGCAAGUUUGAAUAUUCCAAAGACAUACCUAUCUACGGAGAAAUUGCCAAUCUGGAAGCCAUCGAUGCCAUGGGUGAAAAUGUCCGAGUAGAAGGAACAGUGCUCGUUUUCAGUAGACUUGGACGAAAGCCAACUAAUGAUGAUACAUCUCAGAGAACGCCUCUGAACGUUACGGAUUGCCAUUUAGCACUGAGCAAGAUUAUACAAACAGCAUGUCUAGUCAACCGCGAAGUUGCGCGACAGCGCCUUCCAUUUCUCACGGCGAUGAAAGUCCGAUUUACGAAACGUUUCGUCCUUAAAGGUAAACCUGAGGAGUUCGACUGGCUCCUGACGUCAAUCGAUCGUCAAAUGGGCGGAUUGAUUUCUGUACCUGCCGAUGAAUUGGUAUACGACGAAGACCCUAGGUGGCGUCUGAUAAAGAAGUUUUUAUACCCAAAUAGAGAGUUCGAAGCGUCUUUAACGAGGCUGAAACGAUCAUUCCUUCGCAUUGAGAAAAAUUUCGAGCAAGAUAUUGUACAGCCUCUCAAGCAGGCAAUGAUUAACAGAAUGGAUGCAGACCUCUUCACACUGAUCUCACAAGCAAAAAGAACCGAGACCAAGAUACUAGAAGCCUGCGAAGAAUGGCAAAUGGUGAUCCCACAAUUGUGCUGUAAAAUCGCAGGUGAGCAAAAGAACAACGCUGGCUAUUCAUCAGCGCUAAAUUGGAGAGCAGCAACAAGUGAUUUUCAGGACGCGUCCGAACUCGACAAGCAAAUAUAUAGAUUAGAGUGGCGAGCAAGAGACGCCGGAUGGAAUGCGGAUCUCGACGAGGUAUUCCAGAAUCUGAACCGUGACCCCUUUGAACGGACUGACGGCCCGACUUUACUCGUCAAACAUCUCGAGGACAUACUGAGCAGGCAAGGUGAUGACUCUGUCUAG